CCCUCCGCUGUCCACUGACGUCAGUUUACCUGGAUUCAAACUUUUCCUGGGAUCAGCAGUCACGAUGAGCAGCUAAGUCCGCGGUGAAGAGCAGGUGGACAGUCUUCAUUUCUCAUGUCGCUGCUGGUGAAGCUAAGUAAGAUAAGAUAAGCUAAGCUAACUGAGUUAACAGCAGCCCGGAGCCGUUUUACUCGGACCAGCCAGACUCCGUGUGUGUGUGUGUGUGUGUGCACGCGCGCGUCAGGACCGUGGAUGCCCAGCUGACGUCCGCCAUGUCAGGUUCAUCUCAACAGAAUGGAAACAUGCAGAGUCUGGAUGAUGUGGAUAUUCUGGACCCAGAGUUUCAGCAGCGGUUGGAGGACGCCCGUACAAUGCUCAGGCAGGAGAUCCAGCGCGAGCUGAAGAUCAAGGAAGCGGCCGAGCGGAUGCGGCGAGCCGUCACCAACCGCAAGAGUGCGGCGGACGUGGAGGGACAGCUGAGGGCCUCAAGCCGCAAACUGGACAAACUGCACUGGGAACUACUGGAGCUCAAUGCCAGGUCCAUGACCACGGAGAGAGCCAACAACACAGGCUGCCCGGACGAAGUCGACGGACAGUCGACGGAGUCGUGUCAGUGGGAGGAAGUGACGUCACCGCUGGCCAGUCGAGUCAGAACUCUGAAGAAGCAGCUCACCAUGGAAACCAAAGUCAAACAGGGAGCAGAGAACAUGAUCCAGACGUACACUAAUGGCUCAGUCAAGGACAGGAAGAUGUUGUCCACGGCGCAGCAGAUGUUGCAGGACAGUCGCACCAAGAUCGAGCUGCUGCGGAUGCAGAUCAUCAAAGUCGGUCAAGGCCGAAACGAAGGGUGUGAAAGGUCACAUGGUCCUGCCGUGGACAUGAUCAGUCAUCUGGAGCUGCGAGUGGCCGAGCUCGUGCACCACGCCAAGAUCGAGGCGGCCGUCGCCGAGGGCGCCAGGAAUGUGGAGAAGCAGCUGAGUGCGCAGAAGAUCCAGGACCGACGCAUCCUGGCAGAGGCUCAGGGACGGAUGCAGGAGUCCUGUCAGAAGGUGGAGCUGUUGCGUUUGUCUCUGGAGAGACGUUUGAGUGAACUACCCCACGAUCACCCUAAACGCGCCGCCAUCGAGGAGGUCCUGUCGUCGGGAGCCUCCCUUUCUGGCGGCACGCCGAAGAAGUUGUCCGACCCUCCGUCCCUGUCCUACGCGUCGUCCUUCUUCAAACCCGCCAGUCUGACAGGUCGGUUGGACGUGUGUUUGAUGGGCUGUCAGGACCUGCUCGAGUCCGUUCCGGGUCGCGAUCGCGUGACCAGCGUCGCGGGGACACCGGGGGGCGUCUCCGAGGGGAAGUCUCUGAGGGUGAGGGCCGGCCUAUCGGGACGCAGCGUCAACGGCAAGACGAGCAAGACUGACGAACUUUCCUCUGAAGUCAGCGCCGUGCUGAAGGUGGACAACAGGAUCGUAGGCAACACUCACUGGAGACAGCUGGGUAAAGAAGCCUGGGGUCAGAGCUUCAGCGUCGAGCUGGAGAGAUCCAGGGAGCUGGAGAUCGCGGUUUAUUGGAAAGACUGGCGAGCGCUGAGUGGCGUGAAGUUCCUGCGGCUCGAGGACUUCCUGGACAACCAGCGUCACGGCAUGUGUCUGCAGCUCGAGCCUCAGGGCAUCCUCUUCAUCGAGGUGACGUUUAUCAAACCUGUCAUCGAGCGUCACUCCAAUCUCCAGAGGCAAAGGAGAAUCUUCCCCAAAGAGAAGGGGAAGAAUUUCCUGCGCGCUGCUCAGAUGAACAUGAACUUUGCCACGUGGGGUCGUCUGAUGAUGAGCAUCCUGCCCCCUCCCUGCAACUCCCUGGAACCAAUGAGUCCACCUUUAACUGGAACUGGAUCCAUGUCGUCCUCCAGUGGCCAGUCACAAGAAACUGCUGUGAUGAAUCUGAACUUUGCUGGAUCUCCACAUCGAACCAGAAAGAACUUUAAAGACUCUGUGAUGUCGCCUGGUGAAAACAGAAGCCCCAAGACCAAACGUCAACCCUCAAUUAUUUCAUCGUCACAAGAUGAAGUUCUGACGAUGGAAGACUUCAGAUGUAUUUCAGUGCUGGGCAGAGGUCACUUUGGAAAGGUGCUGCUGGCCGAGUAUAAGAAGUCGGGUAAACUGUUUGCCAUCAAAGCUCUGAAGAAAGGAGACAUCGUGACGCGAGACGAAGUCGACAGCCUCAUGUGUGAGCGCAGGAUCUUUGAAGUGAUCAACGCCUCGCGUCAUCCUUUCCUGGUGAACCUGCACGGCUGCUUCCAGACCGCGGACCACGUGUGCUUCGUGAUGGCGUACUCUCCGGGAGGAGACCUCAUGACGCACAUUCACACCAGCAUCUUCACCGAGAAGCAGACACUGUUUUACUCGUCGUGUGUGUUGCUGGGUCUGGAGUUCCUCCACCAGAACCGCAUCGUGUACAGGGAUCUGAAGCUGGAUAACCUGCUGAUGGACGGGGACGGUUACGUCAGGAUCGCAGACUUUGGUUUGUGUAAAGAAGGUAUGGACCACGGAGAUCGCACCUCCACGUUCUGCGGCACGCCGGAGUUUCUGGCUCCCGAGGUUCUGACGGACAACAACUACACGCGCAGCGUGGACUGGUGGGGGUUCGGCGUCCUCGUCUAUGAGAUGAUGGUGGGGGAGUCGCCUUUCCCAGGUGAAGAUGAAGAAGAGGUGUUCGACAGCAUCGUCAACGACGACGUGCGCUUCCCUCGCUUCCUUUCUCCUCAGUCCGUGUCGCUCAUUCAGAAGCUGCUGCAGAAGAAUCCGGAGACGAGGCUCGGAGGCGGGGAGGAGGACGCCGCGGGAAUCAAGAGACAGAAGUUCUUCCAGGGGAUGAACUGGGACGCUCUGCUGGCCAAGAAGCUGAAGCCGCCGUUCCUGCCCGCCCUCAAGGCGCCGCAGGAUGUCAGCAACUUUGACGAGGAGUUCACCCGCCUGAAGCCGGUGCUCACGUUGCCACGGACACCGUGCGUCCUCACCGCCGAGCAACAGGAGAUCUUUGCUGACUUUGACUUCUCCUUCAUGAGAUGAUGACGAGUCGUCGUCUUCGUACCAGUUCCUGCUUUUAUUUAUCUCCCAUCCAACUGACAACACUGCCUCUUCCCUGGACCACGUCCUCGACGUCUCUGUGGUGUCUCCUGCUCACGCUGGCAACAAAACUCUACCUUUUUCUAUUUAAUUAUAUAAACCUUUUAUAUCCGUCUCAUGUUGAUGAACGUAUAACAAAUAGACGCAGUUGUUUUUACCGUCUUUGAUUCAAACCCAGCCUGUUUAAGUGUAAACACAACAUGAAGGAAAUAUGAACGAAUAAAUGUGACCUCUGCUGGA